AUGUUUAAAUCAGUAUUAAGAACAUCAAGCCCUUUGAUCAGAUCUUCAACUUUAUCUAUCAGAUCUACCAUUCCUUCAUUCACUGCCAAAUUCUCUACUUCAAGAGUUGUAUUCAAUUCAAUUUCUCAUAAAGUCAACCAACAAUCUCAUCUUUAUAAAUACUUAACUGAAGGUCCAGUUUCAGUUAAAUAUACUGCUGAACAUGAAUGGUUAGCUACUUUCAGUGAUGAUACUGCCUUUGUUGGUAUCACAAAAUAUGCUUCUGAAGCUCUUGGUGAUGUUACCUUUGUUGAAUUACCAGAAAUUGGUGAUCAAGUUGAAGUUGGUGAUACUAUUGGAUCAGUUGAAUCAGUUAAAUCUGCAUCAGAAAUUUAUUCUCCAAUUGCUGGUGAAGUCAUUGCUAUUAAUGAAAACUUAGAAAGUGAUCCUUCAUUAAUUAACUCUGAUCCAAUUGGUAACGGUUGGAUUGCUCAAAUUAAAUUAGCUAACGUUGAAGAUGUCGAAGCUUCAGAAGAAUUAUUAACUGAAGAACAAUACGAAGCUUCAUUAGAACACGAAUAA